GUCAGGUCUAUGAGGACAGUGUCCUCCUGUGGACGUGACGUCGCGUCUCCUCAAACAAUAGCGAGUUCUCUUUUACACGCGGAGGCGCUCGUUAAAAUGUCCGGACUUGCACUUUGGUGGCGUAAACCCACAGCGGCCGGAGGGGAGAGUGGGUGAGGGCGGUGGGAGUCCUUCUACUGCUCAGCUAAUUUUAACCUGCCAGGUCAAAAUCCAAGGAACCGAGGGCCGUGAGAGGAAACGCGGCUUGUUGUGGCGCCUUGGAGGAGGUGGUUCAUGUUUUGCAUUUAGGAAGAACUCAGUCUUGGGGGUGUUAUUUGCAGGAAUUUCUCAUUCCGAGUCCUGCAGAUAUGAGCCAGCGUUCGCGGGCCUCCAGGCUGCGGCUGCACGCCCACUGCGACUCGUGCUACAGCCGGCGCUGCAGGGCUCGGGUGGAGGCGUCGGUGAGCUGCCCGUUCGGGCCGUGCCGCCUGCGCUGCGGCGCCCUCUUCCACCUGUGCAAAGAGGAGGAGCACCUGCUGCUGUGUCCCAGCGUGAGGGUGCCCUGCCUCAACGCCGCCUACGGCUGCCCGCUGCAGCUGCCCCGCUCCUCGCGGGCCGCCCACCUGCAGGCGUGUCCGGCCAGCGUGGUGUGCUGCUCCAUGGAGUGGCUCCGCUGGCCCACGGACGACACCGACCCCAACUGCAGCGUGGUGCUGCAUGACAACGUGCUGCAGGGAAACGGAGGGCGGGACCAGGCGCUGGACGUGGCCAUGGCUCUGGUUGAUCAGUCGGAUCUGUUUCGCCGCCUGAAGCUGGCGCCUCUCUUUCCAGAGCUGAUGCAGGACGCGGAGGAGGAGGAGGAAGUAGAGGAGGAGGAAGGGGCGGAGACGGGGGGUGCUGUUAGUGGAUCUGCAGACAGUGGUCCUAGUAAAGGUUUCCACGCUCCCGUCUCUGUAGAAAACAGCCUGUGUGAGAAAACUGCUGCUGAAGAGACGAAGCAGAGUUUGGGGAACGUGUCAAGCAUCAGCAAAGACAAGCGCAGCCUGACUGACAUGAUGUUCAGCAUGGAGCGAGGCGGCUGCGCCGUCGCUGAGGCGGCUCGCGACGACCCCAAACGGGGUCCGAAGCCUGGGGAGACGGGCCCGGGUUCGGGCCCUGGUGCGGGGGAAGCAGCGAAGGACGACGCGGCCGCGGGCGACGCCCGUCCGGCCGACACGGGCAGAACCGGGCUGGCGCCGUGGCAGGAGGGCGUGCUGGAGCGGCUGCGGCAGGAGCUCAGCCCGCAGGAGUACAACAUGUACGUGGUGCAUCACGGCCGCAUGCUGCUCGCCUUCGGCCAAAUCCAGGCCUGCACGCCGAGGGAGAAGGACUUUGUCUACGGAAGCCUGGAGCCGAUCCCGGUCCAGACGCUGCGCUCCUUUAAGAUCCCUGACAGUUACCACUACCGGCGGCGGGUUCACCUGUACGACACGGCCGCUCGCGCUCAGAGCGAGACCCGCUGCGUGGACACGUCCGACCUCGGCGCCACGGAGGACGACUGGUUCGGGGACGAGGCGGCGGCCACUCUGCUGGGCUACGCCGAGCGCGCCGCCAUGGGUCACAAGAUCAGCGCGUCCAGGGCCGUCGACGGGCUGUUCAACGACGUGGCGGCGCAGACGCACUGCUUCCGCGCGGCUCCGUUCGCGAGGGCGGCGGCGCUGGCGGACGUGACGGCGGAGCGGCCGCCGAGGCUGCGGCUGCGGCUGCAGGCGGAGAGCGUGAGCGGCAGACACCACAGAGCCAGCUGCGCCUUCGCCUUCCUCUGCGGCCACAGCUUCCACCGCCGCGAGUUCGCCGCUCACUUCAGGAAUGUUCACAGCGACAUCCAGGCGUGUCUCGGUGGCUGGUUCGAGCAGAGAUGCCCGUUGUCCUACCUGGGGUGCACCUACACUCAGAGGAGGUUUCAGCCGUCCACACAUAAAGCUACUGUCACAUACAAUCAGCAGCUGAGGACGUUCAACCUGUGUCCGACGCUGGCUCCACCGGGCGUGGACCCCUCGGACCCCUCGGGCCCCCCGGACCCCUCGGACCCCCCGGACCCCUCGGACCCCCCGGCCCCCCCGGACCCCUCUGACCCCCUCAGCGCGCUGCCCUACGAGGUGCUGUGCCACGUGGCCGCCUUCCUGGACAGCUUCUCGCUGUCCCAGCUGGCCCUGGCGUCGCGGCUCAUGAGGCAGGUGUGCUCCUCGCUGCUGCAGGAGCGGGGCAUGGUCACGCUGCGGUGGGAGCGGGGGUCCAGCUCAGGAGGACGGGCCGUGUGGAGGGCGAAACCUGUCUGGGCGUUCAGUCACCUCUUCUCCCCGGUGGAUUCGUGGCGCAUGGCAGACGUUCCUCCCAUAUCUGCUCAUCUAAAGGUCUGCCCUUACUACGAGACCCACCUGCCCAGUCAGCCGGUUCCCCUCCCCAGCAUGAGUGAGAAACAAGGCAGCAGCCAGGAGAUACUGAGCCUCGUCAACCAUUUCAAGGGAAACAGAUGAACGAUUGGACCUGCUGCAUGUGUUAAAUAGAAUGUAUGUGACGCUUCAGUGUGCCAUGAAAAACUAUGAUUCAUUUCUCAUACUCAACCUUCCCAUCUCUGCACUCAUCUGCUCUCUCAUUGUUGAAAAUGUUUGUAUGCAACUAAUCGUGUAGUUUGUGCAAACUUGUAGCACAGCGCUCAGUAAGAUCAAAUAAAGAUCGUAGGAGACGCUG